UCCGAAUCGUAUCCGCAGCUACAAUACCAUCACCAUGCUCUUGACGGUCCGCCAAACCGAGCCGAUCCGUAUACCAUGCAAUCCACACGGUCUGCAUCGCCUGCCUCCACCUCAAACAGCGGCGGUCGGUCCUCUUUCACGGAGUUACAAGUUCCGCGAACAACCCUCGCUCGCCCUAACUCCGCCCAUACACUUGGUGCGGAUCUCGAUCCUCGAGGUCGCAAACACUCUUCUCAUCUGUCCGUUGGCGGGUCUCCAUCGCCACGAGGUUUCGCUCGAAACGCCUCGGCCACACGCCUCUCAACCGAUGCUCGACCGGUUUCGUAUAUCGAUCAGCUCAGCUACAUGCCACCGGCUCCGAAUCUAGACAACUCGUUCCUAAGAGCGGCUGUCGGAUCCAAUGCGUCGCUCCUCGACUCCAAACGGACCCUCGAGAUGUACCGCGCGAAUGUCAAGAAGACCAACGAUCCGAAGGUCCAGCAUGAAUUCGCCAAGAUGCUGGUGCAGAUGGCAAAAGACCAGCUUCGACAUAUCCCGCCGACGGAUGCCGAACGUCGUGCUAGACAAGACCUGUUGAAGGAAGCCAAGGAGAUCCUGACUCGGGCUGCCAGUCGAGGACACGAUGAAUCGCAAUACUACCUCGGGGAUGGAUUUUUUACUGGUCUCUUCAACAAGGACAAAGAGGAUUGGACCAAGGCGUACGAGCUCUUCCAGUCGGCUACAAAACAGGGCCACAAGGAAGCCGCCUUUCGCGCGGCGCUUUGCACUGAGUUCGGAUGGGGCACGUCGAUCGACUAUGCCAAGGCUCGCGAGUUCUUCCGGGCAUCUGCCUCAUGGGGCCAUCCUGGCGCCGCCACCCGCUUCGGCAAGGCCUGCAUUACGGGCGAUCUCGGUCUGAUCGGGCGGCAGUUCCAGCGCGAAGGGAUUCGGUGGCUCGGUAUCGCCGCGCGGAAGGCAGACGAGCAGUACAACGCCGGACCGUAUGAGCUCGGCCUGCUCCACGAGGUCGGGUACGGAGACGCGUUCUACGACGAGGAGUACGCCGCACAACUCUACACGGAGUCGGCGAAGUUCGGGCACCCGGAGGCGAACCUUCGCAUGGGGAGGGCGUAUGAGCUGGGCCAACUCAAUUGCCCGAAGGACGCGGCGUUGAGUAUCCAUUACUACAACGGCGCGGCGCAAGCCGGCAACGCGGAGGGUAUGAUGGGGCUGGUUGCUUGGUAUCUGGUUGGCGCUCCGCCGACGCUAGAGGCGAACGACAUGGAGGCGUACGAGUGGGCCAAGAGGGCUGCGGAGCGAGGAUUCGCCAAAGCGCAGUACCUCGUCGGCUACUUCCUUGAACGCGGCAUCGGGUGCCGCAGCGACCCCCUCGAAGCCAACGUGUGGUACGUCAAGGCGGCAGACCAGGGUCAGGAGCAGGCCAUUGAGCGGCUGAAGUUGAUUCGCGAGGCGGCGGCCGGCGGCGCCCACGGGCUGCCGGAGACGGAGAAAAAGAAGGGUUUGUUG